AUGGCCAUGAGGUCUCUGUGGUUGAUGCUGACCUUAGCCCUUGCCCUGCUGGUGUCUGAGGGUGCUCAGGAGACACGCUACCAGAAGUUCUUGCGGCAGCAUGUGGACUACCCCACGACAUCAGGGCUUCCAGGGGCCCGUUAUUGCAAUGUCCUGCUGAUGCGACGUGCUGUUAACAUCCCUGGGAGACCCUGCAAGCUAGUCAACACUUUUGUGCAUGCACCAGCUCAACAACUGCUGGCCGUCUGUGCCCGCCAGCCUGAUGGGUUCCAUGCCACCGUGGGGACCCUGCCUGUCACAGCCUGCCGCCUAGUGGGGAGGAAUGUACAUCCACCUUGCACCUACCGUGUUGCUCAGCUCAACCACCGGGUCCAGGUGGCCUGUCAGAAUGGGCUCCCUGUGCAUCUGCAUCGCACCUUCUAG